UCACCGUGCGAGAAGAAGAGUCGCUUCAGUGACGUCAGCAGCGUGUUUUGGGAAGGCAGGAGGAAGAUGGCGGGGUCCAAGGUGAAGCAGGACAUGCCUCCUCAGGGAGGCUAUGCCGCGUUUGAUUACAAGAGAAACCUGCCAAAACGAGGAUUUUCGGGAUACACUUUGUUCGGCAUUGGCAUCGGCAUCAUGAUGUUUGGCUACUGGAGGCUGUUUAGUUGGAACAGAGAGAGGAGGCGCCUGCUGUUUGAGGAGAUGGAAGCCAGGAUAGCUCUGAUGCCUCUGCUACAGGCAGAGCAGGACCGAAGGACCUUACGGAUGCUGAGGGAGAACCUGGAGGAGGAAGCCAUCGUCAUGAAGGAUGUUCCCGGGUGGAAGGUCGGUGAGACCGUCUUCCACACCGACCGCUGGGUCACCCCUCUGACAGAAGAGCUGUUCAACCUCAAGCCCCGCGAGGAGCUUCUGCACCAGCGCUUCGGCUUCUUGUGGUACGUGUAGUCACCACGGCAACCUACCGGGUCCUGAGCCCCGGCGCCGUCUCCCACAUCCAGGACCGCCGCUCCGUUCAGCUUGUAAAUGUUCCAAUAUUAAAGUAUCUUUUUUCUGUACCUCA